ACCUAUCUCACCCUGGGUGUCGAGAUACUGACAAGUUGGUUUCUGACCGCUUCGUCUGGCCUGGGUUCCAAGGGGACCUCAAGGCUUGGACACGGCAUUGCCUCAGCUGUGUACAAAGCAACGUCCAUCGGCACAAGCCAGACAUGGGCACUUUCCUCGACUCUGGGUUCCAUGGUGGUAACAGGCUUCUUCAGUCGUUGGGUUGCCAUUUUUGGCGCUCCCUCCAAAAUCACGACCGAUCACGAUGCCCAGUUUGAAUCUCAUCUUUUCCAGUCCCUUCUGUCACUUUUAGUCUGUAUUCGCAUUCGCAUUGCAGCCUAUCACUCGGCUGCCAACGGGAUUGUCGAGUGCUUUUACCACCAGCUGAAGGACUCCCUAUGCGCCGCGGCCGAUCCGGAGAACUCGACGGACCAUUCCUCUCUGAUAUUGUAA